GCGCAGCGCAGUCAAAAAAGACAUUAAAGCGGUUACUCUGCCGCCCCCAACCACUCCGCCUCGUGCUUUUAUUGCUCGCUCUGCUACCGCCAGGCCCCGUCCCGAGUACUGUAAACCAGUAACAAUGGAGGAUGGCUGCUCUGCUCGACUCGAUUGAUCUCUCUCCCUGGUGGUGAGGUGCGGCGGUAGCCGGUAGGCAGCAGCUGGGUAGCGUUGGCUCGGCUGUGUGAGCGUCCGUCACCCCGCCGACGGGCCAUUACUCGCGCGCAGGUGGAGGCCCGUCGCCGGCUUUCGCUUGCUGCCUUGCUGGGGGAGGCGGGUGUCGGGUGAGAGAUCCCAUGUGCAUUGGGGCCCUGAAGCAAGCAGCAGCAGCAGCCAGCGUCUCUCGCGCCGCGGGCAGCCGCGCGUCUCACCUGCCCCGCCUCUCUCUCCCUUAAUUCUUGCCCGCCGCCGCUCCUGACCUUUGCGGGUGAGCAAGGAGGUGGGGAAGCUCCUGUGACCCGCGGUGGUGGUUCUCGGGGAACCCCCGGCGGCCGGCAUUAGGAAACAGGUCCUGUAGAUCAAUAAAAGCAAAGCUCUUUCAACGAGCAAUUUUGCUGCUGCAAUUCUCCUUCCUGCGUUUCAACGAGCAAUUUUGCUGCUGCGAUUCUCCACCCUGCCUUUCAAUAUCAAAGUCCUGGCUGAAACUCUGGAACUCCUGGUCGAGAAAUUGGAAAGCGUACAACUUGCCAAGAUACACAGGCAGGCAGUUGAAAUAGGAUACAGUCUUGUGCCAGCUGGGCUCCAAUGGCUUGGCAGUUAAGUGCCUUUGUGAUGGCCAUAACCUGUUUGAUGUUAUUCCGAACAAGCGAGCAGUCCUCAGAAAGUGAGCUGCUGCAGCAGCUCAGGAAGCAGCUGGAGUACCCCAGGCAGCUGGAAGUCUGGAAUAACCCAAGUGGUAACCCCUGCUACACUCAGCCCACUUCGGUGGUCACCGUAACGUGCGAGGGGGAUGCCGUUACGGAGCUCAAGAUCGUUGGUGAUAGGAUCACUAAGCCACCAAAGUUCAGUGGCUAUCCUCUUCCAAAUGUUAGCCUCUCUGAAGCCUUUGUUAUCGAUUCAUUUGUCACUACGCUGACAAGGUUGACUACCUUGCGGGUUGUGAUCCUGGUGUCUUUGGGCUUAUGGGGCCCUCUCCCAGACAAGAUUCACCGGUUGUCUUCGCUUCAAGUGCUUGAUCUGAGCUCAAAUUUCUUGUAUGGGUCGAUCCCUCCGAAGCUGUCGGCGAUGUCGAGGCUUCAGACCCUGACACUGGAUGGUAACUACUUCAAUGGAACUGUGCCAGACUGGUUUGGUUCGCUCUCGAACCUCACGGUCCUUCGUUUGCAGCGUAACCGGUUGAAGGGGCCAAUACCAGCUUCAGUUGGUAAAGCUACAAUGCUCAACGAGCUAGCUCUUGCCGGCAACAAUAUCUCAGGCGAGGUUCCAGCUUUGGGCAGUUUGGUAAAACUUGAGAUGUUGGAUUUGAGGGAUAACGAGUUAGAUGGAGAGCUUCCAGACAUGCCUACAGCAUUGGUGACAGUCCUGCUCAGCAAGAACUCAUUCAAGGGUGAAAUUCCUGAAAAGUUUGGUCAACUGAAAAGGCUCCAACACCUCGAUCUCUCAUUCAACUUUCUCGAGGGCAGCCCCCCUGAAGAACUCUUUGAUCUCCCAAACAUGAGUUAUCUGAACCUGGCAGCCAACAUGCUCAGUGGAUCACUUCCGAGUAGUUUAACAUGCAGCAGCACCCUGGGCUUUGUGGAUCUGUCUACCAACCGAAUCACAGGUGACCUGCCUGCUUGUCUAAGUGCCAACUUGAAUAACAGGGUUGUUAAGUUCGACGGGAAUUGCUUUAGUGCUGACCCUGAACACCAGCAUGAGGCUAACUAUUGUCAACAACCUCAUGAGGGGAGAAGAUCAGGCAAGGAUGUUGGGCUUGUGGUUACUAUUGUCGGUAUAGUGCUGAUUGUGCUUGUUCUUUCUCUUCUAUUAGUGGCAUCAAACAAAAGGAACUGUCAGAGAGUUACGGCAGAACAACAAUUGCUGCAAAAGCAAAUGCAAGAUAAUUCGACUCCAGGAAUGUCCUCCGAACUGCUAGAAAGUGCAAGGUACAUAUCUCAGGCUGUGAAGUUUGGGUCGCAAAUAAUGCCCACACAUCGUGUAUUUUCUUUAGAAGAGCUAAAAGAAGCAACAAAAUGCUUUGAACGAUCGGCAUUUUUAGGCGAGGGAUCCAUUGGAAAGCUAUACAAGGGAAAACUAGAGAAUGGAACCGUGAUUGCAAUAAGAUGUUUGGCAUUGCACCAGAGAUAUUCAAUAAGAAAUCUAAAGCUUCGUUUAGAUCUACUUGCGAAGCUUCGCCACCCAAAUUUGGUUUGCCUCUUGGGGCACUGUAUUGACAACGCAGUCGAUGAGUCAAGUGUAAAAAGGGUUUUUCUUGUUUAUGAAUAUGUACCUAAUGGGACUCUGUCUUCUUAUCUUUCUGGCUCUACUCCUGAGAAAACACUGAAAUGGUGUGAUAGACUACAUGUGCUGAUCGGCAUUGCAAGGGCUGUUCAUUUCUUACAUACAGGAAUAAUUCCUGGUUCCUUGUAUAAUCGGUUGAAAACUUCUAAUAUUUUGCUUGAUGAACACCAUAUUGCGAAACUGAGCGACUACGGUUUGUCCAUAAUCACAGAGGAGAUAUACAAACAUGAGGCAAUAGGAGAAGGGCAGAGAUACAUACAAAAUAAUGCUGAAGAAUUGGAAACUUUGCAGGAUGAUGUAUGUUCUUUUGGUUGCAUUAUACUUGAAGCACUUAUGGGCUCCAAAUUGCAUAGAAAAGGAGAUCCUUUUAUUUUAAGUGAACUGGUUAUGUCUCUAUCAUGCCAGGAAGAGCGCGAGCAUGUUCUGGACCCGGUCGUGCUCGGGACCUCAUCGCAGGAUUCACUGUCAAUGGUGGUCUCCAUCACGAUCAAAUGCCUAUCCGUCGAAUCCUCGACCCGACCCUCCAUCGAAGAGGUUCUGUGGAAUCUGCAGUACGCCGCGCAGGUCCAGGCGACGGCCGACGGCGAUCUGAGAUCAGAAGUUUCCUCGCAAGCCUGUUAGCACAAGUGAAACCAUGACCAGCAGAAACCAAGGGAAGAUGACGACCAAGGGCCGUUUGCUCAGCACACCAUGAAAUGGAAAUGACUAAGCUAACUUUUCGCAUUGCGCAUUUGCUCAAGAGGCAUUUGUAUACCAUUACAGAUUGAUUAGCAUGGCCAAUUUCUGCUCGUUUUUGCAUCUUAUGUUACUAGUGGUUUUUUACUCUUGAUAAGUCUUCUACGUAUUGGAGUUAGAGCGUUGUUCUAGCACUAAGCAUCUUCUGAGCAUUGGUGCCCUUCUUUUAUCAA